AUGGAUUAUCUUCCCCCCUCCCUCUCCCUCUCCUCUCUCUCUCUCUCUCUCUCUCUGAUUAUCUUAUCUGAUUUCUAUUUCUUUAAAUCUAUCUAUCUAUCUAUCUAUCUACUUCAGUCUGUUCAUAUCUAUCUAUCUAUUUCAGUCUGUUCAUAUCCAUCUAGCUAUCUUGAACUGUUUGUCUGUUGUCAUAUCAGUCGAUCUGACCCUGUUUCAUUUCCCUGUCGAUGUCUCUCCCCCUCUUACACACUCUGUUUCCGUUUCUCGUCGUGUUUCUCAUUUAAAGUCUCUCUUUUCUCCCCAUUUCUUUUGUCUCUCUAUUUCCCUAUCUUUUGUUUGCAUGUUGUUUCCCUACACUUCGUCCUUUCUUCCCUCAUAUCUAUGCAAAAUCACGCUUUCGGAGUGGCACCUUCAGAAAUGCUAACCUUUUCUUACAUGAACAAUUUCAUCUACUUUCUCUCUCUCUCUCCCUCUCCCUCUCUCUUUUUAUCCUCUCCUCUCUCCCCUCUACUCUCUCACAUUCUCUCUCAUCCUGUCUCUCACCUUACAACAUUUUUACUCUCAGUUUGUUCAUAUCUAUCUAUUUAUCUCUCACUUUCUCUCUCUCUCUCUCUCUCUCUCUCUAUCUCUCUUUCUAUCUAUCUAUCUAUCUGUCUAGGAACUAGGCUGUUAAUGUAUACAUCUAUAUGUCAGACUAAUAGUAGGCAAAUGAAUGACAAAUUCGACUCUAUCUAUCUAUCUAUCUAUCUAUCUAUCUAUCUAUCAGGGAGAGAGAGAAAUAGAGAGGGAGUGAAAGAAGAUGAAAUUCUUCAUGAUUACCUUUUCUUCUCUCUUUCUCUCUCUCUUUCUUUCUCUCUCUCUCUUUCUUCUCACUCUCUUUCCUCUCUUUUUCUGUUUCCUCUCACUCGCUUUCUUCUCUUUCCUCUCUUUUUUCUAUCUCACUCUGUCUUUCUUCACACUCUCAUUCUUCUCUUUCCUCUUUUUUUCUCUUUGCUCUCUUUCUUCUCUCUCGCUCUCUCUUCUCACUCGCUUUCUUCUCUUUCCUCUCUUUCUCUCUCUGUCUUUCUUCUCACUCCCUUCUCUUUCCUCUUUUCUUCUCUCUCUCUCUUUCUUCUCACUCUCUCUCUUUCUCUCUUUCUCUUAUUUAAUCUUCUUUUUCGUUUAUGUUCCUCUAUCCUCUCUUAA